AUAUAUAUUUAUAUAUAUAUACAUAUAUAUAUAUUUAUAUAUAUAUAUAUAUAUUAUAAAAUAUCAAGUAAACCAUGAUAUCUAAUUUAUUAAGCAUUACCACAAUCAUUUUGAGUGUAAUCAUGAAGGCUCCGCAAAUAAUUCGGAUUUACAAUCAAAAGCAAACAGGCGGUAUCAGUUUAACUUCUUUACUUCUGGAUUUAAUCAAGUAAAAUUAUACAAACAUAUUUUUAGUAUGCAGUUUACACUUCAUAUAUAGAUUACUUAUACUUGUACUAAUAUGUUAAUAUAUUAUAUAUGCAUAAAUGGUAAAUUAUUUUACACUUUUAAUAAAUAUAGUUUCCAGAUUAGAAGGUCCAAUUUUUUGUAUAAGAUCUACAUUAUUUGGACUAAUUACAAUUAAUAACCUACUGCAAAAUGUCUACAUAAAAGACUAGGUACUAUAUUACAAGUCGAUUCAAUAAAAAAUAUUUAGUUAUACACUAAGAUGGAACAUUCAAGACUACCAUCAUUAUUUAUACAACUAUACAUACUGUUAAUAUGUGUAACAUAUAGCUUGUCUAAACCUAUGCAAGGUCUAUGUUUAAGAAUUUUGCUUUGAGGCUAGUUAAAUUUUUCUAAAAUUAAAUCAUCAAUUGAUUCAGCAUAUAUUUUAAGUUUAUGUACUGUUAUUUGUAAAUAUAGAAAUAUUUCACAUUUUUCAAUGUAUUCCUGAUAUUUUUCUACUAUUUUCUCUACUUGUAAUAAGUUGAUUUAUAUGACCUUUUAACUGUGUGACACAUUCUUUGAUGUCCAGUAAUAUAUGUACAAUAUAUGUCUUUUAUGUCCAGUAAUAUAUAUCCAGUAUAUGUCUUUUAUGUCCAGUAAUUUACUUGUAAUAUUGUACCUAGCUUUUAGCAGAAAUUUUGUAAUAAAUGAGACCUGAUCAUGUAUCAAAAUAUGUAUGUAGAGAUCCACUGAAAAAAAUUGUAUCUGAAAGAAAAAUUGUCUUUAAUAAUUUAAAACAAGUUAGAUCUUAAAUUAUAUACAUUUAAAAUAAAAUUAACUUAAUUUUUUUUUAAUAAUUCAUAAAAACUGGAAUCUAAUUGGGUUUAGUAGCUGCUCUUCUCAAAUACAUAUAUUGAGGAUAUUUCUGAAGAAACUUUCACCAACUUUAAUAUGAUAUGAUAUAGUCAUAUCAAUAAAUAAAUAUUAUUUGAUAUAAUAUAAUUGAUAUUAGAAAACUACACAAUAUAUAAAAAAAACUAAAAGAUAAAUCAACCCCAUCAUGUUUUAAAUUUUAUUAGGUACCAAUAAAUCAUGUUAUCAAACCACCCAUCAAAUUUUUUAUGUGUUACUGUUUGUGGCAACACUUGGACUAUGAGAUACCCGAUCAGUUCAAUUAUUUAACUAUAAAGUUAAUUAAUAUUUAAAAUAUUUACUUUAACAAGUAUUAUAUAGUUAAUACAAAUGUAUUUUUUUUACUAACAGCAAUACUUAGUAAACAUGUUUAUGUACACAUUUUUCAGUUUAAGUACAACAACUUGUUACAACUAUACCAACAAUUAUUCAUUGAUGUCAUACUUGGAAUAUCCAAUAAUACUUAUUCAGCAAUAUAUUCUCAUUGGUACUGUACUGUUUUACAAUAAUCGUCUAAAUGUCCAGGUUUUGAUUUUAAGUGCAUUAUAUAUUGGAAUAUUCACUGCAUUUGUUUAUGGACUUAUUCCUUCUAGUAUACUUACUAUUUUAGUAGUAUGUAUAUUUUUUACCAUUUAAAUUAGUGUCAACAGUUUAAAGUUAUUGAAUAUAAUUUAUUUUGUUAUUUUAGCCAUUUGGUACUCCAAUAUCAUUAUCAAGUAAAGGUUUACAGUUGUACACUAUAAUGAAAUUUAAAAAUGCUGAUAGCAUAAGCUUGACUACUUGGUUAAUUUCAGCAUACACAAAUGGAGGUAAAAUUACUUUUCUGUAAAAAAUAUUAUUUUUACUACAAAAGUAAACUAUAAUGUGCAUUACAUACACUUAAUAAAUAUUAAUAAAAAUAAAUAAAUAAUUUUAACUGUGUUAAAUUAAGUAAAAAUCAUGACAUCAUAAUUCAUAAAUAAAUAAUUAAAAAAUUAUAAAUAUUUUAUACAUAAUCUAUUCUUAUGAAAAUAAAUAUAAAUAAUUAAUUUUAAUGUAUAGUUUCACCAAUGUAUGCAAAGAAGUUAUUAUGAUUUAUCAGGGCCUAAAAUACAUCUGAUUUCAGGGGAAACACUUUUUAAUUCAAUUGUUACCUUUAACAGAUUCCCAUACCAAAAAAAAAAAAAAAACCAGUGGGGGUUGUAGGGCCCAAAAUUCUGGAUCAAAUGCAGUUUAGCUUCCAAACAAUUUUUUGGAAUUAUUUUUCAAAAAUGUGUUUUUAUAUGCUUAAUUUGAUGGUAUUUUCAAAAAAUUCGCUCAAACUUCAUUUGGAAGUUAUGGUCAAAAAUCUUCAAAAUGCUCGAUUUUUCUAAAAAUCAUGUUCUUGAGUUUAAAAUAACAAAAAUUUAAAUUUUUGGAAUUUUUUCUAGAAAUGGUAGUAUUUAUAUGCUUAUAAUUUUUGUGAAAUCAGAAUUCAGCUAUCGUAUCUACUUUUUAUGUUAUUGUAAAUAAACCACUUAAAACUUAAUUAUAAUGUUAUUUCAAUCAUUUCUCUAUUAAAGUAAAUCAGAAUUGAUAUUUUGGACUUUUUUUUUCAUUCAGUGUGUAAUAACAAAGAAGUUUUUAGUGAAAUCAGAACUAAUAUUUUUUGUAGUGGAUAAUGUAUCUUUUCUCAUGGAUAUGUAUCCAUAAGAAACAGAAACAUAAACAUCACAUUUUACCUUUGGAAUAAUAUAGUUUAUUUAAUACUAUUUUAUUAGAAAUAAUUUCGACAUCUCCAUACGUAUUUGUCAAUGCAAUGAACUUUCAAACAUAACUUGAGACUUUGAGUGGAUGUCCAGAAAUGCAUUUUAAUGUGUUAUGUUUGUCAGUUAGCAUCCAAGACUGCAAUUUUUCAAUUACUGCCAAAGAAAUAACCCCUUACCUUUUUCGCUAAAAUAGCUCAUAAAUAUCAAAAAAAUAUUAGUUCUAAUUUUACCAAAAACUUCUUAAUGUUAUUACACACUGAAUAAAAAAAAAUAAAUUUUAAUUUACUUUAAUAUGGAAAUGAUUGAAAAAACAUUAUAGUUAGGUUUUACAUGGUUUAUUAACAAUAAAAUAACAAGUAAGUACGAUGGGUAUAUUUCAACAAAAUAUAAAAAAUAUAGUUACUACCAUUUCUAAAAAAAAUUCCAAAAAAUAUAAAUUUUUAACUCAAAAACACGAUUUUUAGAAAAAUUGUGCAUUUUGAAGUUUUUUGACCAUAACUUCCAAAUGAAGUUUGAAUGACUUUUUUUGAAAAUACCAUCAAAUUAAGCAUGCAAAACACACAUUUUCAAAAAUAGCUUAAUAGCUAAACUGCAUUUAUGCCACUCAAAAUAAAUACAACUAAAAGUUCAUGGAUAUAUAAUAUCUACAAUCGUGACUGUGGUUAAAGUUUAUAAUAUUUCUUUAAAAUAACAAAGAAACUGUUAUCAAAUUAUACUGAAAUAAAAAAUUAUAAUACAUUUGUGUUCAAAUUCCAAUAUGUUUGUUAUUUCUACAAUUAAAACUAAAAAUAAGUUAUACAAUUAUGGACACAUUUUUGUAAUUCAGGGGACACAGUAUUUUAGGCUUUGUGAUUUAUAAAUUUAGUUUAUUGCUGUUAAAAAUGUCAUUUAAAAAUCAACCUUCAUAACAUUAGCGAGGUAGAUACCUUAUCUUGCAAAUAAGAGAAACUUAAAUAGAUAUACUAUGUUUAAAUAGUGUAUAAAUAAUGAAUGUGAAUAUGUUAAAAUAAUUUAGGAAUCAAAAUUAAUAAUUUAAUAUAACUUUAAUGUAUUCCUACUUAUUAAAUCUUAUUUUACUACCAAUAAAAUUGAAAAAAAUCAAAUAAAUAAAGUCAAAUAUUUAAUCUAUAAUGGUUACUUAAUAUUAAUAUUAUUAUAUAAUUAAAAUCCUUGAUUUUAAUGUUAUCAAUUGAUGUUUUUUCAGCUAGAAUAUACACAAUAAUGAUGGAUUCAGCUGACAAAAUGUUGCUCACAAAUUUUUGCCUCAAUACUUCUUUAAGUACGAGCAUAGUAUUAGCAAGUGUUUAUUAUAAACAAAAACAAACUUCAUCUAAAUACAUUUCCUAAAUGUAUAGUAUAUUUUAACUAUUAGUUUAAUAGUUUAAAAAACCUUAAAACCUAUAUAAAUUUUAUUAUUAAAUUUCAAAUUGUUUAAAUUGCCACAUUAGGUAUGUUAGAUUAACAAUAUUAUAAGAACACAUCAAAUUAUUUUGUAGUUAUUUAAAAACAAAGUUAAAAACAGAUCUGUAUUGAUUGAAUAUUAACAAAACUAUUUACCAAUUUUGUAAAUUUAAUAUUUUCUUUGAUAUAUAUUGGAUAGGUACCUAUAAAAUAUUAACACUAUUUUUUCAUUACUUAUAAUAACUAACAAAUUUAAUAUUAUUGUAAAAGUAAACAUAUUAUAUUGCUAAUAUUUAAAGAAUCAAAAUAAUAUAUGUAAAACGUAUACAGGGUAAUAAACAACUAGGAAACUAUGACAAAUGUAAUAAUUUUUGAUCUG